AUGGCCGAGAGAAUCCGAAAGCGGGCAGAGACGAACACUACUGGAAUAGAGCAAGUUCUUACGGUGGUCAAAGUCAGGAACAAUGUCUCAUUUUUCGCAUAUAUAACGGCACCGCGAUUUCCGUGGGAAGAUGUUAGCUACUACCGUCAUCAAGCAUUCACUAUGGUCUUUCCGGUCGUCAGGGUCCUGAGCCACUUAGCUGUUUUAUGCAGUGCCGUGCGUCAUGUGUCGGGAGAGCAGCACGCAGAUCAGAUCGCGGAAAGGGAGACUCCUCUCCAACCGCGCGGUUUUCUGGGGUCUUGCGUUGAUUGGGGUACUCUCGCGAACGAAAAGUAUAAGAUGGCUGCGUUUUGCAGGACUACAACAGGCGAUUGGACCUGGUCGGUGCUUGAUUUAAACCAUUGUAUGGUGAACCACGACGGUUCUUUGAUGGCGCAAGACGAGAUGUCGUGGGCCAAUUACAAAUGCAGCACACAAGCCGACAACAGUGACGGGCGUCAUGUUGAUCACGGGAUAGACCUUAAUUUGGUGGUCGGUAAUGACAACGGUACUCUGUUCUGUGGGCGCCAAGCCUACAAGGGCCGUGUGCUCAGCCAAGAGCAAGUUGGUUGGUCCGACUUGGGCAUCGUAGUCAGCUAG